UUUAACGCCCAUUUUCAACUUUUCAAAUAGUCUGUGAGUUACUAACAAGAUAACCAGUUUGAAACGAACGGAACGGUAGCGUCAUCUGUGAGCAUCUAUACUAUCUGAAAGUAUAAAAAGAGAAUAAUGUCCUGGGCUGAAGAUGACAAAAUGGGCCCUAGGCGUCCCUGCCUGCAGAGCCACUCCAAGCCUGUCAACAACUCAUCCUACCGCAUGUACCACGGCACCACCAAGGAGGCUGCCGAAAGCAUCAAGCGGAACGGCUUCUCUCCCUCAGAGGACGGCAUGCUGGGGCCCGGCGUGUACGUCAGCCGCGACAUCCAGAAAGCCAGCCGCUACCCCCUGGACGUGGCCGACCGUGACCGCAGGGUCCUGGAGCUCGACGUGGAUGUGGGAAGGGUGAAGAAGAUUGACCGCCAGGGGCACCCCCAGCAGAAGACCUGGCACGACACUGGCUAUGACACGGCCUGGGUGCCCCCUAAAUGUGGCAUGGUGCGCAGUGGUCUGGAGGAGGACUGUGUCCGGGACCCCAGUAGGAUCAAAGUCACCAAGGUUAUCAAACCCAAAUCCAAAUAUAAAGGGAGAAGAAUGUCUGUUUGCCUGCAGAGCCACUCCGAGCCAACCAACAACUCAUGCUACACCAUGUACCACGGCACCAGCAAGGAGGCUGCUGAAAACAUCAUGAGGAACGGCUUCACUCCCUCGAAGGACGGCAUGCUGGGGCGCGGCGUCUACCUCAGCCGUGACAUCCAGAAAGCCAGCCGCUACCCCCUGAAUGUAGCCGAAGGGGACCGCAGGGUCCUGGAGCUCAAAGUGAAUGUGGGGAGGGUGAAGAAGAUUGACUACCAGGGGCACCCCCUGCAGAAGACCUGGCACGACGCUGGCUAUAACACAGCCUGGGUGCCCCCUAAUUGUGGCAUGGUGCCCAGUGGUCUGGAGGAGGACUGUAUCUGGAAUCCCUGUAGAAUCAAGGUCAUCAGGGUUAUUGAACCAGAACCAUCCUGGGGCUACUCCAACACCGUGCGUAUGUUCUGCAGAUCUGAUUUCGUUUUUUUACAGUGUAAAGGGAGAAGAAUGUACUGGGCUGAAGAUGACAACAUGUGCCCUCGGCCUCCUUGCCUGGAGAGUUACUCUGAGCCUGCCAACAACUCAACCUACAUCAUGUACCACGGCACCAGCAAGGAGGCUGCCGAAAGCAUCAGGUGUUAUGGCUUCUCUCCCUCGAAGGAUGGCAUGCUGGGGCGUGGUGUGUACGUCAGCCGUGACCUCCAGAAAGCCAGCCGCUACCCCCUGAAUGUAGCCGAAGGGGACCGCAGGGUCCUAGUGCUCAAAGUGAAUGUGGGGAGGGUGAAGAAGAUUGACCGCAAGGGGCACCCCCUGCAGAAGACCUGGCAUGCAGCAGGCUAUGACACGGCCUGGGUGCCCCCUAACUGUGGCAUGGUGCCCAGUGGUCUGGAGGAGGACUGUGUCUGGGACCCCUGUAGGAUCAAUGUCAUCAGUAUUAUCAAACCCAUUCCACAGCCACAUAUGGGCUGUGGAUGUGGAAGUGGUUACUACCAAUAAAAGACCUGUCAAAAUAGCCAUCAAAUAAAAUGUUUGGGACAUGAGCAUAAAACUAUUCUUUCUAAGUUUGGCAGUCAGAAUCUUUUGAUAAAUCAUACAAUAAAUAUGAUUGUAUUUUCAGUUGUUGAAUAAAAAUGGUAUCGUUGUCUUGUGAGCCAUUGAUAAUCUUGGCUGGUAGUAAUCAGUGCUUGCUUAUCAUUUGUCCAGGCAAAUCUGUUCUCAGUGAAUUUGUUUCUAUUUUUGUAAAACAAGGUUGAAGUAGCUGUUGUUUUAUAUUAAAUACAUACAAAUAUUAUAAAA